AUGCAAUACGUCGGAAAGGUUGGUGAUUACGUUUAUAAUCAAUGGAAUUCGUUGAAUCCAGCAACCUUGUCUGGGGCAAUUGAUGUUAUAGUAGUAGAGCAGCCAGAUGGAUCAUUGCAUUGUUCACCAUGGCAUGUUAGGUUUGGUAAGUUUCAGAUAAUAAAGCCAUCUCAGAAAAAAGUGGACCUUUAUGUGAAUGGAAUUAAAACUGACCUUCCCAUGAAGCUAGGAGAUGGAGGAGAAGCUUUUUUUGUCUUUGAAACUGAUGGUGAGAACAAGCUACUAUCGAAAUCUCUUUUAACUUCACCUGUUAUUUCAGCGACAAGUUCUCCAGGCUCUUCAUUGCCAGGGUCGCCAAGAGAAUCACGCUCCAGCUCACCUGCUCAUACACCCACUCAAAAUCCUCUCAGUAUAAACAAAUCGGAACCUGAUACAUUAGACUUGAACAGAAGUGAUAUAUCUUCAUUAGCAGAUGAAGUUGAUCAAAAGAUAAAAUUACAGGACUUAUCACCUUCAAGGAGCUCUCCCAGAAGUAUGGAAUCAAAUACCACUAUUCAAUCCAAUCUCGCCUUCGAAAGAGCCAAAAAAAUUACCCAGAAGUUGAAUAUUCCCUCGAAGAUUGAUAUUAAUGGUGAUAUGGUGUUAGAUAUGGAUGGCUACAAGCCAAAUGCCCAAAAGAACAUAGAAAAUUCAGAUGAGCUAUUUAAAAGAAUAUUCUUCAAAGAGAUUAACGAUUUAAAUGACAACAAAGAGCAUGAACUCGCUGGUUGGGAUCAAAUUAUCAGCAAGGAUGAAAACGGUAAUAUUAGAAUUUCAAAUAAAAGUAAUACUCCUGAGUUAGAUGUUGAGGAUGAUUUAGAAAAUUUGGAUAGCUCCCCUACUGCGACGGAAUAUAGUGAUAAUGAAAGUGAAGUGACGAAACUUGGGGCUUCUGCAACUGACAAGACGUAUUUCAAAACCUUGAGACUUACCUCCGAACAGUUACAAAAAAUGAAUUUAAAUUAUGGCGAAAAUAAGCUAACUUUCAAACUUAAUCAAGGGACUGCCCAAAUUGAUUCUUAUCUUUAUGUAUGGAAAUCAUCAACUCCACUAGUAAUAUCGGAUAUUGACGGCACUAUUACGAAGUCAGAUGCAUUAGGUCAUGUAUUGAAUCUAUUUGGAAAAGACUGGACGCAUCUUGGGGUCGCAAAUUUAUUUCAAGACAUAAAGGCUAAUGGAUACAACAUUGUAUACUUGACAGCAAGAUCAGUUGGCCAAGCAGAUACUACACGUCAAUAUUUGAGAGGUAUCAUUCAAGAUGGAGGAAUCAAAUUGCCAAAAGGGCCUGUCAUCUUAAGUCCAGAUAGAACAAUAGCGGCUCUAAAGAGAGAGGUCAUUCUUAAGAAACCAGAAGUGUUUAAGAUGUCUUGCUUGAAUGAUAUAAGGAGUCUUUAUUUUAAUGAUAAUGACGAUGAUAGGACCCCUUUUUAUGCUGGAUUUGGAAACAAAAUAACUGACGCAAUCAGUUACCGGUCCGUGAAGAUUCCAAGCCACCGUAUAUUUACAAUUAAUCCAAACGGCGAGGUGCAUAUGGAAUUGUUAGAGUUAGCUGGAUAUAAAUCAUCUUAUUUACACAUUGGUGAACUAGUUGACCAUUUUUUUCCCCCCAUAAGAGAAGUUUCGUCUUUAAGUUCUAAUUGGAAUGAUAACCAAUUUAAUGAGUAUAUUAGCCACACACAAAACAACCCGCCUGCGUCGCCAGGCUCUCCUAGGAGUAUAGCAGAUGAUGAUUCGAUGCCUAUUACUACUGACGAAAAAUUCAACGACGUGAAUUAUUGGAGGGAGCCCUUAAAUCUCAGCGAUUUAAGCGAUAAUGAAGAAGAUGUAACAGAACCAGAAGAGCCCAAAUCGCCGAGGCUCUUGAAGAUAAGGUCUCAAGGGUCCUCUGAUUUCGGCGAUCCAUCGAGUCGCAGAUCUAGGUCACUGUCGCUACUCACCGACAGGCCAAAUUCGGUUGCAUCCUUUGCUUCUCCUCUUAAGAACUUUAUGAUGUUUGGAUCAAACAGUACCAGCUCUAAAAAUCAAGGCGAUCAAGGUGAGACACCGGACGUAAGCUUCAAUGCCAACGAAAGCGAUUAUACAGAUGAUGGGGAUUAUACAGAUGAUGAUGACUAUGAAGAUGAUAAUGAAGAAUAUGAGGAUGAUGAAGAUGACGACGACGAAGAAGAUGAUGAGGAGGACGACGACUACGUAGAUGAAGAGGACGAGAUAGACGACGAUCCAGACUAUGAUAAUGAUGAGGAUGUCGAUUUUGAUGAUGGUUUACCCUCUACGGAAGGCCUGGAGUCAGUCAAACCAGCUACAUCAUUGUCAUCCGAAACAACUCCAUCUUUCAUCAAAUCCAGUGAAUUGGCCAAGAAAUCAACUUGA